GUGGGGGUGGGGUGGGGGUGGGGUGCUCGCCCGCCCCGCACAGGCCGCGGAGAGGCGGCCCUCUGCUGCAAUGUCAGGCGGCGUCCUCAUCACCGCUACUGCAGGCUGCCGGCACCUGUCUCCACGGGCACAGCGGAGAGCCGGGCCGCCAGGGCCAGCGGGCAGCCAGUGAGGCGAGGACCAGGCCGGCCAGAUGGGCAGCACCAUGGAGCCCCCCGGGGGUGGGUACCUGCACCUAGGCGCUGUGACGUCCCCCGUGGGCACGGCCCGAGUGCUGCAGCUGGCCUUUGGCUGCACCACCUUCAGCUUGGUGGCCCACCGGGGCGGCUUCGCGGGCGUCCAGGGCACCUUCUGCAUGGCUGCGUGGGGCUUCUGCUUCGCCCUCUCCGGCCUCGUGCUGGCCUGUGAGUUCACCCAGCUGCACAGCUGCCUGCACCUGUCCUGGGGCAACUUCACCGCGGCCUUCGCCAUGCUGGCCACGCUGCUGUCCGCUACGGCCGCCAUCAUCUACCCCCUGUACUUCACCCGGCUGGAGUGCCCCCCCGAGCCCACGGGCUGCGCAGCCAGGGACUUCCGCCUGGCCGCCAGCGUCUUUGCCGGGCUCCUCUUCCUGGCCUACGCUGCGGAGGUAGCCCUGACCCGGGCCCGGCCGGGCCAGGUGGCCAGCUACAUGGCCACGGUCUCGGGGCUCCUCAAGAUCGUCCAGGCCUUCGUGGCCUGCAUCAUCUUCGGGGCGCUCGUCCACGACAGCCGCUACGGGCGCUACGUGGCCACCCAGUGGUGCGUGGCCGUCUACAGCCUGUGCUUCCUGGCCACGGUGGCCGUGGUGGCCCUGAGCGUGACGGGCCACACGGGGGGCCUGGGCUGCCCCUUCGACCGUCUGGUGGUGGUGUACACCUUCCUGGCCGUGCUCCUCUACCUCAGCGCAGCUGUGAUCUGGCCCGUCUUCUGUUUCGACCCCAAGUAUGGUGAGCCUGGGCGGCCCCCCGACUGCCCCCAAGGCAGCUGCUCCUGGGACAGCCAGCUGGUGGUGGCCACCUUCACCUACGUCAACCUGCUCCUGUACAUCGCCGACCUCGCCUACUCCCAGAGGAUCCGCUUCGUGCCCACCCUGUAGCUGCCUGCCUGCCAGGGCUCUCCAGGGGCCCUAGGCACUGUGAGGGCCACCCGGGUGAACCCAGAUGCCCAGGGAGCAAGCCCGAGGCAGGCAACCACCAGAGCCACUCCUGGAUUUCUGGCCAGCCUGGGGGAGGGGGGAAGGGGAGACAGAGGGGCAGAAGGCCCUGAGCAGGACACAGGCAAGCAUCCUCCUCCCCCAGGCAGCUCCCAGCCCCUCUCUGUCUCUUGGUCUAUCUCUCUGUGUAUAUCUCUUAUCUCUGUCUGUAUCUCGCUCACGCUUUCUCUCCAUUUCCUGGCCCUCCCUGGCUCAGUGCUCCCUACUGCAACAUGAGAAGCCUUUGAAGCAGAUGCUGUUGUGACCCACUUUAUAGAUGUGGACAUCGAGGCUAGGGUUUGGAGGCAGCCCCAUGUGCCCAGUGUCUGGAGACCACAUUCAGGCCAUGACCUAAGUAGAGUUGAAAAGGGGACGGUUCCCAGGAGUGUGGGAAGGACAGCGGUCUCAGCAGGGCGCUGCUGGGGGGCUCUGUACCAGCUCAAAGAGAAGGAGCUCGCCGUGGGGACCCCUCCCUGCCCACCUCGGAGUGGCCUUAGGAAGAACAGGAAUCAUGGUGUGGUCACACACGGCAGCUUCGGCAGGCUGGAGACAGUGCCGGGGGCCUGCAGGAGCCCACAGGGCGUUGGCAGCACCGCAGUGAGCACAGAAUGCCAAGGGGAAGCCGGGUUCCCGCCCAGGGAGGGAGUGCCCACCAGGCACCCACCAUCAGCCCCAGGGCGGCAGCUUCUGCAGGGCCUGCUGUGGGCCCUAGACAGGCGAGUCUGGGGCAGCCCCCACCCAGGGGGAGGGCCCAGCCGGGGGCAGCCGCUGGGUCACAGAGCCUGGGCGCCGGGCACCUCCCUAGUGCUCACAGGCCCACGAUCUCCGCUCAAGUAUCCUUUCACCUGGCCGCUGACCACCAGGGCCCACUGGAGCUGAGCCCUGCCACACUCCAGCUCCUCCUGCUCAGGAGCCCGGACUGGGCCGCCCCUGAGUCCAGCAGCCCCGUGGCCCGUCCUGGGGCCUUGAGCAGGAAAUAAAGGCCAAUGUUGACACGCA